CACACACGUGACUCGUACACGCGCGCGGCAGAUCUGUGCCUGGAGACGGUGAUUUCAACGUGCUCGCUAUUCAAGUCAUGGACUGCAGCGAGCGGGGGGAUCAUUAAGAGCCGGUGGCAAAACCCCGCUUUAUUUGCAACACACGGAUGAUGCUGCUGCUGCCACACCACCCGGAUCGGACACGCUCUCCCUGACAACCGGAAUUAUUACUAAUAGAUGCGCUUAUGUAGCCUAAUCAAUACACCGGAUUGCUUUUUUUGGGGGGAUAGCAUCCCGUGGAUUCCUCCCAUUCUACUUGAUAGAAAACACUGUAUGCCAUAUGCUCUGCGAUUUUUAGAGUAGCCUAUGGCAACCCAUUUGUCCUGAUGCGACGCGUGUGAUGGUUGCAGUGGGACGGAUAUCCUUAAUUUUAUCCAAUAGGCGUUCUCAGGCUUUUUUGUAGGACGCUUCUGCACCCCUUUCUGCACUGACCUUAUCAGCAAUGCUUUAAAUAGGUAAUUGUUAAUUGGCAUGUCUGUCCGCUGAUCUUGUUCAUUUGUUUUGAGGAAAUGAUCCGCGGGGGGAAAAAAACCUGACUGCUAAAUCCAAAAGAAUUCGCCCACUUUGGUUUGGGUCUUUUGUGGUCAGUUUGAUUUAGCGAUUUUUUUUUUACAGAAACCACCGGUGAGAGUCAAUUUUGGACUGUGACUGGUUUGGGGGAAAGAAGGGCCUAUACAGACUUGAUCCCCCAUCAAAAACUCUGCAGGAUUUCCUCCUCCUCAGUCCAGAGGAAUAUCUUCAAGUCCAGGGGGUUACUGCUGGUCCUCCGUGGGUUUUCAUCGGCGCGCAUCACAUCCGAGGGAAUGGUGGCCGCACCGCAGAUCCACGCAACUCUUUGUAAAUGUUUGGCAUUUUUCGCAGGCGAGCAUCUUGACUUGUGAUCGAGAGCGACGCGGACUGCAGCACCUUCCAAUCCCUUUCACAUGGAGAUUUGUGCCUCGGUCGAACUGCAAAUCUUGAAAACGGGGACCAGGGCCCUACUGAAUUUUCCUUCGCUGCUCUCAACCCCGAUUUCAUUUAUUCGAGAAAAUGCACAUCAACAUGAACCCUUCCUACACCUGACUGAGCGAACUCACUUCUCAACCUGAAUGAAUGAACAUACGAGAACAUACCAGUCCCUGGCCUGGGCCGGAUACAGCCCACUGCGCUAAGGACUCAGCCUUGAUACAUGGUACGCGCUCUACCAGAGAACCCAAACAGCAGAUGAACUAUGAAUGCUGAACACAAUGAUCUCCUCCCUCCAGCGCCAGACAAUGAGAGGUCGUAGGCUGAAGGGGGCGCUGUCCAACCCCCUCUUUGUGCUGCUUUUGGCCCUUCAGAUCCUGGUGGUGGCUGGGCUGGUUCGUGCUCAGACCUGUCCUUCUGUCUGCUCAUGCAGUAACCAGUUCAGCAAAGUCAUAUGCACCCGCCGCAAUCUUCGCGACGUCCCAGAUGGCAUUUCCACCAACACUCGCUACCUGAACCUCCAGGACAACCUCAUCCAGGUCAUCAAGGUGGACAGUUUCAAACAUCUGCGCCACCUGGAGAUCCUGCAGCUGAGUAAGAACCACAUACGCAGCAUUGAAAUUGGCGCCUUCAAUGGGCUGGCCAGUCUCAACACCUUGGAGCUCUUUGAUAAUCGGCUCACGACAAUCCCCAAUGGAGCAUUUGAGUACUUGUCCAAGCUUAAGGAAUUGUGGCUACGGAACAACCCUAUCGAAAGUAUACCAUCUUAUGCCUUCAACCGGGUCCCCUCGCUGCGAAGGCUGGAUCUAGGUGAGCUCAAACGUCUCUCCUACAUUUCUGAUGGAGCCUUUAAGGACUUGAGCAACCUGCGCUACCUGAACCUGGGAAUGUGCAACCUCAAAGAGAUUCCCAACAUCUUACCUUUGGUCAGGCUUGAAGAGCUAGAAAUGUCAGGAAACCAGAUAUCUAUUAUCAAGCCCAGCUCAUUUACAGGAUUAGUGAACCUCCAGAAGCUGUGGAUGAUGCAUGCCCAGAUCCAAACUAUAGAGAGGAAUUCCUUUGAUGACCUUCAGUCACUGGUGGAGCUCAACCUGGCUCACAACAACCUUACCUUUCUACCACAUGACCUCUUCACACCGUUGCAUCGCCUGGAGCGGGUCCACCUCCAUCACAACCCCUGGAACUGCAAUUGUGAUAUUUUGUGGCUCAGCUGGUGGCUGAAGGAGGCAGUACCUGCCAAUACCAGUUGCUGCGCCCGUUGCCAUACUCCUGCAGUCUUUAAAGGUCGCUACAUUGGGGAAUUGGACCACAGCUACUUCCAGUGUGAUGUUCCUGUCAUUGUGGAGCCACCCAGUGACUUGAAUGUGACGGAAGGCAUGGGUGCAGAGCUUAAAUGUCGUACAAGCUCGUUGACAUCCAUCAGCUGGCUUACACCAAAUGGCUCAUUGGUGACACAUGGGGCUUAUAAGGUGCGUUUGUCUGUACUCAAUGAUGGGACACUGAACUUUACUAGCGUCACAAUGCAGGACACUGGGACUUACACCUGUAUGGUUAGCAAUACAGCAGGCAACAUUUCUGCCUCUGCUGUGCUUAAUGUUACUUCUGUGGAAAACAGCGGAGUGACCUAUUUUACCACAGUCACCGUUGAGACCAUUGAGACCCCGGGGGAUGAUAGCCAAACGCCACUUCCCCCAUUUGGCUGGGUGUCAUCCUCAACAACAAAAGGUACUCCUGUUUUAACAAGGACAACAGAGCGGACUUACACCAUUCCAGUUCUUGAUCUAGAUGGAGAGGGAGCUCUCAAUGGCCUGGAUGAGGUGAUGAAAACCACCAAGAUUAUCAUUGGCUGCUUCGUGGCCAUCACACUUAUGGCUGCUGUUCUGCUCGUUAUUUUCUACAAGAUGAGGAAGCAGCAUAACCAGCAGGAUCCUGAUGGCCCUGCCUCCUCUAUGGAGGUCAUUACUGUUGAAGAAGAGCUUGCAGGUGUCGCUGCCAUGGAGAGACACCUAUCUCUGCCCCCUCUGGAGCACUACAACCACUACAACACCUACAAGAGCACUUACCACCACCCUCCUAUGCUCAGUACCAUACACAGCUCAGCCACACAGGAACCUUUACUGAUUCAAGCCUGCUCUAAAGACAAUGUACAAGAGACCCAAAUCUGAUUUUGAAUUUGACUAAAUAACCAGUAUCAGCAGUUUCAUACUUGGAGUACAAUGGACCAAAAAGAGCUAUGAAAGUGUUGAUGUCGAUAAUGGCGAUAAAUCAGCAUUUGGCAAAGGGACGACAUAUGAUACUUAAAGUGUCUUUACAAAAACAAAGAUUAUUUAUUAAAAGUAUGUCUAGUGGCUAAAUGAAGAAAAACAAUUUGUGAUAGCUUUUUAGCUAAUUUUAUUUCUCUCUGUGUGUGUAAUACUGCACAAGGGAAAGAAUGGUUUCCUAAAAGUGAAUAUGGAAUGUAUCAAAUGCAGCUCAUGUGAAACCACUGUAGAAAUUGGCCUAAAUUAAUGCAAUGCCAUUCAUUUAAUUAUUUGAUUUUACCUGAUAAUGUGUUUUGUUGAAGGGCAUUGCUUAAGUAUUUAUAAGCACUUAUUUGCUAGUUGGUCACCAUACCUUGUCCAAUUUGGUGGAGGUUUAUGAGAGACAAAACAUUAAAUGGGUUUAUUUUCAUUGCCAUCAUAUUCUAGCUGUCACUCAACACAAAAUGAGAUCUUUUAAUGACAUAGCUCUGGAUAUCACAGUGAAGCCAGCAUGCCUGAGGAGCAAAGCAGCCAAAUGAGUAAAUGUGCAUUUCCUCUGUGUCGCCUAAACAACAGCCAUACAUCCUUCACUUUAAUUAAGAUUAAGUUCUUGCUUCCAUUCCUCCUCCUACCUUUUCUUUACACUUCUACCUUCUACUUUCUUCUACUCCACCUCUCUUCUUCUAUCUCUGAAUUCUCCGUCUUCCUUUUCUACCCUCUCUCUGCUUUCUUCCCACUCUCCUUGCCUCUGUGUCCUCUUGCUUCUUUGAUUGUCUCUCUGUCACUUAGCUCAGGCACGUUCCUCACCCCUCGCUGUGUCUCAUUUGUCACGCUUUAUCCGCCGGCAUGUACCGCACGACGGCGGAAUAUUGCUUGGGAAAAUGAAGGGGAGCAUAAGGCUGCGGUCUGUAGCCUCCCUGUUAACCCAGUAAUGAUCUACGUCCACUCAGUGUCGCGUUACCUUGCCAUCACCCCAGGGUCACACGAGCUUGGGCGCUGAUAGUCCAUCUGUUAUACAGAUAAAGAGGCAAAUGAGGCUGCUUUGUAAUGUAGUGUGACCCUGUCAGACUAACGCAGACGGUGCUAACAUAGUCAGUGAAGCAGCUAGAACCUGCAACAAAAUAAGGAGAGAUGGGUUAUAGCUCAUUAAUCUGUAUCAGCAGUUCAUUUGCAGACUAACAGAGGAAAGCUGAUAACAAACAGCAUGAGACUUUUCCACUCUCCUUGUGCCCAACAUCUAACAAGGGGUAGAGGCCUUUGAUAUUGAAGCGACCCCUGCUCAGUCUCAUUUUUGUCAGAGAAAAACACACACACUUUGAUGUUGCAUCAUUUAUAGACCAUCAAAACAUUGUCUCUCCUGUAGUCUGUUUACGCUUUGCUUUUUCAUUUAGUCUUUCAAAGAGGAAGGCUUAAGGAAGGAGGAGGUAGGGAUGAAAAGUGAAGAACAGUGGGUGGGGAGGGGGGAACCAGACCCACAAUGGUCAUGAGGGGUCUUCAAACAGAGAUAUUGCAGAUAUGGAGGGAUAGGAGUGAAAAAGAAGAUAAGGAAUAAGGAGGCAAAACUAGCCAUCAGCAUGUCGCCAUGGAAACAGUGACCUUGUGCAGAAAAUAUGAAGAGGUAGAUAUGCCUUUAGCUUUGGUCUCUGUGCAACAAGUAUAUUUUAAUUCCCCAUUGGCAAUUUCACAAAUGUGACUGAUUAUCGACAAAACUGGCAUAAUGGAAUGUAUAUUUACAAAUGGUUUUGACGGGAUUUGACCUGCACAUGACGUCACCUCUGCAGAGCAACACACCAUUUCAGUUAUUUAAAUGAAAUAAAUCACAGCAUGUGAAAAAUUUUACAAUUUAACUGUCCAGCAGUUCUAUUCGCUUUAUUGAUUUUCAUCUCUGUGAAGACAGCUACCAUAGCUUAUAAUAUGAGCAUAAUAAAGCACUGUCACUCACAAAAUCAUACGCUUCUAAUUAGUCACUCUCCUAAAUUUAUUCUUUCAUUUUCUACAAUAACUGUGGAAUGGUGAACAAAUAUGGUGGAAGCAAAAUAUACAUUUAAAGUCAAGUGACGUAGAGACAGAUGAAACUGUUAAUGGAACAACUGAAACAGAAACAGAAACUUUUCAUUGCCAGCCUUUCAUUGUGUUAUGAAUGACGAGAAUAGCACUGUCAAUGGUGAACCAUUCUUUCCCUUUCCACUGUUUUCUUUUUCAAUGCUAAAUUCCUUUUCAAUGCUUUUGGUGGCUUAAUGAUUCAAUGUCGAUGCUGGCUACAGUGAAAAAAAAAAAAAGGUUGAGAUUUUUUAUAUAUAUAAAUUUGGGGAUGAGGGUUGUGAGUUAUUCAGAAUGAAUGGAAUAUCUCUGUAUUGGUAUUUAGUUGAGCAGGAUGGCUUUAUGUGGAGAGAUAUUUGAAUGCCAGAAUGAAAUUAAGACUGAGCUGUAGAAUGUUGGACUUGAAAUACCAGCAGAGUGAGCUUGAUUUUUGUGCAAAACCCUAAGCCAAGGUGAUCAAAUUCUUGUGUGUUAUUCUGCCAACUGUCUAUGUAUGGGGAGGGUUGCUGUACGUGGAAAUAUUCUCUCUCAUUUUUGGAGAGAAUAAUCAUCAAAUGGUUAAAUUUCUACAAAAAAAGUAUUUUCAAAAACAUAAUGCAAAAAAAAAAAUCUUCAGAUCAUAAUUUUACAUGUGCUUCAAUUGUUAAAAAAAAAGACAAAAAAGCAAAACAAAAACAAGAAAAAAAAAAAACAAGAGACUGUGCUUGUAAGGAGUCCAACUAAUUUCUCUGAGGAUGAUGUUCAAUUAUUGAUACCUGAGAUUGUAGUUCAUACUGUACAUGAAUACAAAUAAAAAUUGCAAUUCUUUUUUUCCAA